AUGGAUCAAGUUAUGGCAAAAUUUCAGUUACACGUGGCGAAGGUGAAUGAUGAGGCCCCGACGUUUGACAAGCUCUUGGAAGAAAUAACGCCUGCCGGUGACCAGGAUGCUGCAUUCACGGCGGUGAACAACUACGGCCAAGUCCGCUGCAUACUCAGAGAGUGCUUGAACGCAUUCGAAGAGCCCUGCCCACUACUCGUGACCCAGGCAAGCUCUGCCUAUAUCGCACGAACGCAGGAUCUCGCACACAAGGUGGCUGUCUUGACGCGCACAGUCGCGAGCUCCGAAAUGGACUCGCAACAAUGUCAGGAAGGUGAGGUUGCCCAGCUAAAGCAGCAACUCCAGUCUGCACAGGAGCAGUGCGUCACCAAGUACCAGUCGAUCACUGUCCUCCGGGAGCGAAUCAGCAUCCCGCUGCAAGAAGAUAAAUAUAUUCUUAACUCUGCCUUGCCCUGGGGCUCUUCGUACCAUGACCACCAGUCCUUGCUCGGACCACGUCCCCGGACAAUUUCCCCUAUCGACGCCGGGAAUUUCUCGACAUUCGACACCUAUUACAUUUCCCUGCGAAACUUCCCCCUCUUGCGGGUCAAUUAUUGCUGGGAACACGCCUUUCAUGCUCCUCCAUUUCUCUGCAAAACCCCGUCGCGCCUGAUUCGUUGGUGGCCAGAGUCCGAGCAGCGGAAAAAGGGCGCCGGGGCCGUGGCCACCGCCGUUCGCCAUGACGAAGAUCAAGAGAUCGUGGGGGCGAGAAUUACGUUCCUGGAAGCCAACGUCAAAGUCAUCAAUGAAGCCAUCGAGCAAUACGACAAGCCAGUGAUGGCGGUGAUUCUUAUCGUCAACAGCCUACACGAAAAACGCUACUUUUCUAUCAUCCUGGCCUUGGCUAGUCGCCCCAAGAUGAGCAUUGCAGUGCCGAUCAUGCCUAGCGGCCCCAGCUAA